AUGACAUCCACACGGGCCAAGGACUUCCUCACUAAAGAGCUGUUCAUUAAGAAAAAUGUGGUCACAUUCCGGUCCUUGAGUCGCGAGCUCGGUAUUCACGUCAAUGACGCGAAGAAUGAACUCGCAGCGUAUCUAGCUGAAACAGCCAACACCGAUACACCAUCGUUCGCGACGUACAUGGUCUCUGGCCAGAUUGCUCCGCUGUAUGCGCAUCAAUCUGUAAUGCGCUCGAAGAUAGUUCUGGUGGACUGUGAUGGACUGCAAGACGCGAAAGCUCAAUUUGAGCGUAUACAUUCCGUGUACAUAUAUAGCUUGUCCCCUUCAGUCCUCCGUGACGCUGGCUUGAUUUGUCAACCGACGGUCAUUGUCCGGGGUAUAGACGCGAAGGGCAACCCCGCACUCAACGGGAAGAUAAUCGGUGCAGGCGUCAAGACCAAGAAACGGCUACCCAAAAAUGCUUCUGCAGCAUCAUCCUCAAAGACAACGUUAGAUGCGCCGAAGCCAGUCGUUCCUCAGCCUUCUAUUUUCCCGCGCAAGUCAGAACUUCUUUCAGAAAAGAGUAAGGAUAAGGAAGGAUCAAAGGACAAGGAACAUGCAAAAUCACUGGCCGCACCGAAAGAAAAACCUAAGCCGACUGGGAAACAGGAUUGGAGUAAGAGCAGAAGUAAGGAGCAGGAGACCGCAUCAGGAGCACACGUUAAGGACAAGGCGAAGCCUCAACCGAAGCAAGAUACUAAAGCUUCGUCAUCUUCGGCAAAGUUGGCUGAUAAACCAUCGGGAAAUGGUGACGCGGGUCUGCCAUCUUUGAAGAAAUCUAUUUCAAAGCUACAUGUAGUGGAGCCAAAGCGAGCUACUAAACGCAAGUCACCGGAUCAAUCAGACUCGGAUGUAGACAUCGAAGACAAGCCAAUGCCUAAAGACAAGGAAGCCAUCCCUACCGCAACGAGCAAUGCGAGAGUGAAAAAGGGUGUCAUUGUGUCGGAUGAUGAGGAUGAGGAAGUCCCGAGCAGGUCACGUAAAAAGAUUACUCGGUCGACUUCAGACUCUGAGAGGAGCCUUGCAGCGAUGAUGGAUAUUGAUGAUGAUCAAGUUGUCAGGGUGUCUCGCUUGUCCUCUCAUCGCCCCGACGAUGUGGUAGACGAUACUGGUGACGAGGUCGACCAAACUGAUGUUGACCUCCUGACAUCUAGCGCUGGCGAGGAGGAAGAGGAAGAGGAUCUUAAACCGCAGGCUAAGAAGAGGAAAUCUAGGAAAGUGGUCCCUGUCGGGCGCAACGGUUUGAAGAAACAUCGUGUCAUGAAAAGUCGUACCACCACUGAUGCCAAAGGCUACAUGCAAACGGAAGAUUAUUCUUCUUAUGAAUCCGUCAGCGAAGAUGAAGCUCCGCCUGAGGAUGCAAAGAAGUCCAAAGGCAAGAAAAAGGCAGAACCGAAGUUGAAGGAUGAGGCGGAGGAAAAAUCGGUAGUUAAUUCAAAGAUCAAGGAGACGAACUCUUCACGCGGGGCUAAACCCAAGGCUGGGAAGGCAGCGAAACGUGGUGGUCCUGUUGAAUUUCUUUGGGCCCGACAAAACUAA